AUGUCGCCUCUGCCGUGCCUCGUCCUCAACUACGGCGAUAAGCGGCCGAUGAAGCUGUACGGUGCCUCCGACGGCGAGUACCAGCCGUGCGAGAUCGGCCCGCUGCUAGCCAAGCGGAACUGGGUCACCGCGCAGGGCUGGGUGCUCGCAUGGGACCCGGCCACCUCCGCCACCUUCCUGUGGGACCCGCAGGAUCCGGAGCACGGCCGGGUUGCGUUACCCUCGAUGGCGCAAGCUCCGCCCGUGGGCUCCGACUGCACGCUGUCAGGCGAUCCAAGGGCUCCCGGCGGCUGCACGGUGGUCCUGGCCGAGCCAUAUGAAAGCACCGUUCUAUGGUACUGCCACGUUGGUUCGGCGACGCCGGAGUGGGUAAGGCAUGAGUAUGAUCUUGGGGGCAAGUUGGUGAAGAUUGGGGGAUCUCAGUGGUGGAAUAAGGAGCACGUCCACGAUCUGACACCGUACGGUGGUAAAUUCUACUAUACAAUCAAUAAUACUAAGUAUGGUGUGCUUGAGUUCUCACCGGAGCCGACGUGGAGCACCGUGAAAACGAAGGGGAUCGAACUUACCUACCAUCCAAGCGGUGAUGGAUGUGUGCAUUAUAAAAGCUUUCUCUUGGACCUCGACGGCAAGCUUCACACGGUGUGGAUCUUCUUCGCGGGCUUUGAUUUGCACACUGUCAAUGACGCCGCCAUCUAUAAGAUGGGUUUUGGUAGAUCAAGGUGUGUUAAGGUGAACAACAUUGGCGGCCGGGCAAUAUUUGCGAGCUCAAGUCAUGCAGCGUGGUGUCCGGCCAACAAGUUUAGGUUGCGUCCCAACACCUUGUACUGGAUGAGCCCUCACGACAAAUGCUUACACAUGUACAACAUUGGAUCAAACAAAGAGGUGGUGCAGGAAUGCGAAGGUGCCACAGAGCUAUCGCGGCUGCCGUUUUGGUUGGUUCCCGUAAAUAGUCGAUGA